CGUCGCCGCCGCCGCGCCAGUCGGUCCGCUGCUCCGCACUGCGUCGGUCCUCUACCCGCGACUACUCGCCACUGUAUACCCGCCAAAACGAGACCAUCUCACAUCACCACACGAGUGUACUCCCAGUGCUGUUCCCUAGUGUUCACUGUGAAGUGUGUGCGUUUUUUUUUCUCAGUUGGACUGAUACCGUUUCGCGCUAAGACGCCCGCCGGUUCGAUUCGAUAAAGAUAAUCUACUUGUCGUCUUUGCAGCCAAACUGGAACACUUAUAGCCUUUCAUGAAGAAACCCAUGAUGCGGAAGAAUAAAGUAUUGCAGAGUGGAUGGUGGGCGGUGGCGCUGUGGCUGACUCUCAGCUCGGCGCGGGCCGAGUCCGGCGUGGGGCUCUACAACAGCCUGCUGCAGCAAGUCAUCACCUCCAGCACACUCAAGUGGGUCAACCUGAAGCGCGAGUCCAACGAGAUGACCAACUUCGUCGUUGGAGCUGAGUCGGAAGAUGGCCCUGUCUACCUAUGCAGAACAAGGAGCAAUGCAGGGGACUGGUUACUCGGCCAGCUGCGGCCUAAAUACACCUCGUGUGCUGUACCAGGUGCCAGCAGAAUCAGUGACGUUUUUGAAGUUCUGGAAAAUCUUGAAAAUGCUUCGUAUCUAGUUUGGGAUAACUGGUCCAAAUUCCACUCUAAGCCAAACGGCGGUGUCGUGGUCGAUUCUUCUGUGAACUACUUAUUUAUCGGACGUAAAAAAGCUGAAGGAACUCUUUCACAUAAUGUCGGUAUUAUCAACCACGAAAAGGCAAUUGGACAUCUGAUGACUUUCGACGAUAACCACACUGAACUGAUAGAAACUAAUGGUGAAAUCUUGGUUGAAUUAGAACCAGUCAGCUAUAAAUUAGAAGAUGUAGAACUGGACCUUAAAACGGAACAUGUUAAACAGUUCACACCUGAAGUAUUUGAAGAACGUAUUCUGACCAAUGAUGAUGAAGUUGGCGCUACUGUUACAACUGAGAUAGAAUACAAAUUUAACUACAGCCUUUCGUGGGGUCACGGACAUGGAAUCGCUAUAGGAUUAAACACAAGCGUAGAAAUGGCCGACGGAACCGUUUACCCACAGAUUAAAUGGGCCAAUCCAUAUACUGAAGAAAAGAAGGAACUGUUUAAACUCGAAAUAUAUCUGGAGCCUGGAACAGCUUGUAAUGUAACCUUUAGAGGCAACAACACAGAUCGCGACGUUCAGUACACAGCCAAACUAGUAACAAUGUACAAAGAUAACAAAUCGAGAGCAAGAAACAUUCGUAGCAUAAGGGUUGAGAACACGGUGGACGUGGAGGCAAUAUACGGUGAGAUAUACUUUGUGUCCAACAACACGCUAGUGCCGACAACGACGACGACCACCACGACCACCACGACGACGACGACGACCACGACGGAGCCGCCGGCGCCCGCGCCCGAGGAGAACGACGUGGCCAGCGCCAUCAAGAAGCCGGACAGCCCCGAGGAGCUCGACAGCAGCGACAUGAUGGGCGACAGCAGCGAGGGCGGCCUCAAGGCGCCGCUGCCGAAGGAAGACAACAUCAACAGAGCGGUCGUGGGAGGGCUCGGCAGCAAACCCAGCGGCGCCCAACAGAAUAUCGUCUCACUGUUCACGAUUGUAGUACCAAUGUUAUCGCUAAUACUUUAAACAUAGGCGAUUUUGUUUGUAAAUAUUAAAUCCAUGAGAACGAUAAAUAUCAACUGCUUCAAAAUGAUUUUAUUUUAGUAACCAGGCUUAUUGCUGAAUAAUAAGCCGAUAUGAAAUCUAUUUUUGGCAAAGCACCUACCUAGUAUUGUAAAUAAGAAAAUGAUUUUGUUUUCUUGACAUUCCUGUUAAGUAUGUUAUUUCAUUCCAGUGUGUAAAUUGAGAGGUGAAAAGCCGCGUAAAUGUAAAUAGGAUCUGUAAAUAGUUAUUGAUUGAUAUAAGGGUCGCAGAGCGACAGCAGCGAGUGUCUCGCGGAGGCGGUCGACAUCGCGGGGAGCGACAUGGCGCACGCGCAGCUAGGGAAUGAUUCAUGUGGUUUGUGACACAUUAGUGUUACCAAUGAUCUAAUGUUAUACACCUACAAGAUUACAGAUUGAAACAAGAGAAUUGAAUUUGAAUCGAAACACUAAAUGAAUUCCACUUGUUCUACGUUACCUGUAAUGCUUACGUACAAUUUAGAUCUCCGCAUUAUUAUAAGAAAAUAUAAGUAGAUAGACGUUGAAUUUUCUUAAAUAUAGAAGAACAUUCUAUUACAUAUUCGAAAAAAUAUCAUAAAGCUAAAAGAUUAUAUUUUACUAAAGUCCAAUGCAAGUACCAUAAAUUGUUACGUGUUUUUUUUCCUAUAAGUAAAUACGCGGUGCCUACCGCUUGAAAAUCAGCGCUAGCACAUUACCUACCUUACAUUAUGUAGACAUAGUAGAUGUAGACCUUUGUAUUUGUUGUGUUUAGUUUUAAGUUAACAGUUCAAGAGUUUAAUCCCAGAAUUCAGAGAUAUUAUUUUAGAUUUUAAUAUAUUUAUUUUGUUUUGUAUAGGGUACAACUUUUAUUUAUACAGCUUAUUUAGCUUAAUCAAUGUUUGUAAGUAUGUGUCUCCUGUAGGUCUAUGAGGCAUUGUUUAAGUUGAUGUAUCUGUAUUAUCUGUAGUAGUAUUUAAGUUGUUAGAUCUCCACCGUGUCUUUGGAGUAAAGAGUGUUUUAUUAUUAUUAUUAAUUUAAUUGGCUAUCCUAAAUUACUCCCAAGACAUUAGUGUAUUGGUAUUAAGUAGACAUAAUGUGCAAACCUUUGUUCGGUCCCUUUUAAUGGAAACAUUUAAUAUUACUCACAAAAUAUUUGGACAAUCGCCAAAGUUGUAUAUAUUUUUAAUACAUGUAUUGUAUAUGACGAUGACGUCGUUAAUAUCCCUCCGUUUGCUAAAAAAUAAGACCUUAUUGAUCAUUUUCAGUAGACGACCUAACAAUGGCUAUGUCUUUAAGUUGAGUAAUGAAAACGUACAAGUAUAACUGUAAAAGCUUAUAAGAAAUGAGUCUUUAUGCAAUAACCAAUAUCAAUGAAUGUACUACAUACUUACCUAGUAAACCUAAUGUUAGAAUGCUUAGCUGUGUUCGCCAAUUUAGUGUAAAGAAAUUGGAUGAUAUUUUUGUAUGGAUAUAUCGAAUAAAUGUCGCCUAACUAUUUGUGUGUUCAAUCCCGUCAUCUCAUGUUCUUGUCUUGGCAUAUUUAUAAUAUAGUAUCUAUGGUUUCCAAAGUUAUUCAAAUGUACUUUGAUUAGGGUUCUUAUCUCAGUAUUUUACCACUAACAAUAUUAUUUCAGUAGUUGUUAUGAUCAUUAUGUUUGUCACCAUAAGUUGUAUAAAUUGAUAUCCCACCUUUGUACCACUAAUGUGUAAGAGUUUUAAAAAUAAAAUGAAUCUGUUUUUGUAAAAGUCAUUUUGAACAUUAUAAAAGUAUGAAUGGUAGUGGAGCUAAAUGAUGUUCGCUUCUUGUGUUAGAAACCUGUUCUGAGGUAAUAUUUAUGAAUUAAUAAGGCAUGUUCUAUAUUGUUAAUACCUCCAUUCAAAUGGGCCCUAAGUAGUUUAACGAAUCUCGUAACAUCAAAAUUGUUUUGCGAAGCAUAAUUGUGAUGUUCCAUGUAAGUUUUUUUGUUUAUUAAACUCAUUAAAUUGUAAUUUAAA